AUGCCCAGAUAUCAAGUCUAUAGUCUCUCCACGAGUAACCCCCUCCUCAGCACUGAGCUCCUCUUCCUCUUCGAUCCCGACGCGACUAACUCUACCCCCUCCUCUCUCAAAUGCUUCUACCACGAAUCCAUCACUCCCCCCUCCUCCCGCUCCUCAUCCAACUCUCUUCUCACUGCCACCCAAACCUCCCUCCUCAGCAACCUCGAAUACCUCGGCUACAUUCACGGCAAAUCCCGCAUGAAAAAAGCAUGCAAGCUGGCUAAAACCGUGAAACGGGGUAUGGAGUGUCCUUUUAAGACAUUCACGAAUGACGUUGUAAGAAUUUGGAUUCAAGAGAGAUUACUGCGCUGGGGGCGGGAGCACAAACCAUGUGAAGUCAAAGACUCGAUUCUGGAAGCAGAGACUCUCGAGACUGAGGAUAGGAAGGGAGGAAUCUCGAAGUACGAAAAGGGAAUGAUUGAGGGGAGAAGGGCUCAGAGUGGAGGGUAUGAGGAUGAUGACUCUUCAUCUUCAUCUUCAUCGUCAUCCUCCUCUUCACUUGCGUCCUCCUCCCCAUCUCAACGUUCCCUCGGCCGCUCAACCCGCGAAUCCCACCGACGUCUCUCCAGAGCCCGAACAACCCACAACCCACCCUCAAGCACACACAGCUGGUCGAAAAAAACCUCCUCCAACCCCUCCAAGCGCAUCUCCUUCUCCGUUUCCCUUUCCGCAAAUUCAAGUUCCAAUCCCCGACGCAAAUCUUCAUCUCACUCUCGCUCUCGCUCUCGCUCUCGGGCUCCACCCUCUUCCUAUCACGAUCAAACCCCCGAUCACGAUUCCGGAAUCGGUAUGUCCGAAGACGAAUUCAACCCCCACGACGAUGAAAAUGACGAUGCGAAAUCACAUGUAUCCAAAUCAUCCGUCAAUCCCGGCUCCUCCAUCUCGCACUCCGAUCGUUCCUAUUCUUCUUCCCGCUCCUCCCCCCAUUCCUCCCAUGGCGCCCACCCCAAAAAAGAUGUCUCGCCCUCUAUUUGGAACCUCAGUAACCAACGCGAACAUGAAGAUGCGAUCCGUGAACGCAUCUAUAACGCUAAGAUCGCUGAGUAUAGCAAUUCUUCCUCUUCUUCUACUUCUUCUUCAUCUUCUUCUUCGCAUCACCCCCCUCCUUCUUCCUCUUCAGGUUCAAGCUCACAAUCCCGAUCGCGAGCACAAUCGCGAAAAGGUCAGACCCCCAGCCAGUCAUUCCACGCACCGCGUUCUAGUGAUCCAUUUGGACUUAAUGAUCCGUUUCGACUUUCGAGCGCGGGGGAAUCGGGGUCUCAUCCAUGGAUUCGGCGAUGA